AUGGGACGUGGUUUGUUAGAUUUCAAUGUGCAGGAUGGCUGUCUGGAGGCCAUGGUGCAUGGAUACAAGGAUGGUUUUCUCCGGCCGGAGGAGUACAGUAACUUGGCACAGUGCGAUACCCUUAAUGAUAUGAAAUCCCAACUGCAAGUCACCGACUAUGGCAAUUUCUUACAACAAGACGGGCAACUCACCGCACGAAUUGUGGUAGACCGCGCGCAGGAACACCUUGUGCGUCAACUCCGUGAAUUGCGUGAAUGGGCCGCCCCUCCACUCUCGCAAUUUCUUGAUUUUAUUGUCUAUGAACAUAUGAUAUCGAAUGUGCUGAAGUUGAUUGUUGCGAAGCGUAGUGGGCGCGACAGUCUUGAAUUACUAACGAAGUGCCAUCCACUCGGUUGGUUUCCAGAGCUGGCAACUCUCACAGCGGCCGCAGAUGUGCGGGAGAUGUUUGAUGUUGUUCUCAUUGACACCCCGAUUGGCCGCUUCUUUAGCGCCGAUGGCGAUUUUGAGCGUGAUUUGGAUGAGUUAUCGGUGGAAUACAUUCGUGGUGUGUUGCUGAAGAACUAUUAUGAACAGUUUUAUGAUUUCUGCUGUGAACUGGGCGGUGAGACGGCGACGGUGAUGUGCCCGCUGCUGGCCUUUGAGGCGGACCGCGCUGUCUUGACUUUUACUGUAAACACGAUGGGACUGCGGGAAAUGCAUGCGGCCGAUAGACGGAAACUGUUUCCCAACAUCGGCACGCUUGUUGAUAUUCAUGAUGAUAUUGCCGACUCGGAGAGUGUGGAACAACUGCGGGAGCGUCUUCGUCGCUUUGCGGAUAUGCAUGAAUUGUUUGAUGAUACUCGAGGCGGCAGUUCCUCCACUGCAGGCCGUGGUGGGGCCGGUGGGAAUUUGUUGGAUACAGGCAAACAAUCACUGGAAAAGCGGUUUGUGGAAAUGUCUGUGGUGAUGUAUAAGGAUGCCAUGACGCGGCAGUUUCAGUAUGGUGUAUUCUAUGCAUGGGUGAAGCUGAAGGAGCUGGAGAUUAACAACUUGCAGUGGAUUGCAGACUGCAUUGUGCAGCGGAUGAUGAACCGCGUGCAUGAGUAUAUCAAUAUUGUAUAG